GUCGACCGUAGCGUUACCAUGGAGACGCAUCAUUUUUUUUUUUUCCCGGCGUGACUCGUUGAAACGCCUCGGGUCGGGAUAAUGUGACAGGCAGCAACAUUCAAACGUGGGCUAAUAAAUACGAAACCAGUCAAAGUCAAACAUGUUCAGGAGUAAUUACCAGGGCGGAGCCGUGGUGGAGGUCUUCAGCGGGCAGGGGAGCGACCCCGUGGCCAAGUGGAAGCGGUGCGGAGGGCCCUCGGCCAUUCAGAAGGAGUAUAAUAAAGAAGUCAAGGGAUUUGUUUACAAUCUUGAGGGAAGCAGCCAGACAGUCAAGAUGCAACUGCCGGAGAACGGCAAAAUGUCUCUUGGGCUUCUCCAAAGAUUCUUAGUCCUUCAAGUGGAUAUUCCUCAUGGCAAAGAUUUUUCUGUUGAGCUAGUGAUAACUGAUUCAGAGCACCUGAAAAGAAGACUCCACUUAUCAACCGUGCAUAAAGAGUUGACUGCCACACUUCUCCAUGCAAGGAUACCUUUUGUCGGAUUGAGGCGGAAUAUUUGGUCAACUUUGUGCAUCGACCUUGUGUCAUUCACCAGUGAACUGUUCAAAGGAUUUUUGACACUGGAUGGCAUCACUCUGUUUGCUACCUGCAAAGUCCGCAGAAUCUUCACCAUGAAAACUGGGCUCGCAGGAAUGUCAGAUGACGUUAUGUUUCAGAGUAGAGAUGGUCUCAUGGACCUGAUCCCACGCAGCUGCCAGUUUCCACCAGAUGUCGACCACAUAAUUCAGAUGGUGAACAUGAAGAGUUUGCGAAAGACAGACAUGGACACUGCCCCUGUGGACUCCGACACCGUUCCUGAUCAGUUGGACGCUGCCAGUUCAACCAGUUAUCAACAAACCAGGCCACAGGGUGUUUUACACACAGCCUCAGGCUCCAAGCCUUCGGUACAGCCGCCUCAAACUGGAAGAAAAAGCAAUACAACCUCAGGCAGAAUAAACAGAAGUGAACUCCUUAUCUCGAAUACGGGAUCCUCAUUCAGUAGAGCGAACCCAAAGGUUUUUACAGAAAGUCUGAGCACUGCCAACCGGAGUGAGAAUUUAUCACAUGGAGAACCUUCCCUCACUCUUCACAAGGGAACACAUGGCAGGUCACAGCCCCAUCCCCCACCAGACAAGCAGGAAUCAAAGAAGCCAGGUGUCGUCAGUGCUGGAAGAGCCAAGUCAGAUGCUGUGCCUGGUCGCUACAGCAAGAAGAGUAUAACCAGGGAGAAACGUACCCCUCCAUCCAGUAGGCAAGAGAGAAGACGGCAACCCCUGACCCCAACGGAUAAGACAGGGCACCUAAUGUCAGAUGAUUUUAGCUCCAGUCCUGUGAAGGAAAGUUUCAUAUCCACUCCCACUCCGGCAGAGUCAGUAUGUGGCUCGACCCGGCCAGUUUUGUCUUCUGACCUGCAGGUCUGGAGCAGCUGGGAGAGUAAUGAAGGGUCCGAGCCCCAGCUCACUCUGCAAGAGGAGGUGUUCAUUUUCUCAUCGCAGCCUCACUCACCCAGACGAGGGCAAAGCCAGGAUGACCAGGAGAAGAUGGAGGUGGAAGAUGACCAGGAACAGAGCAAGAGUGGGAGGCGUUGUGAGGCCCAGCCUGAAGAUGACUUUAUUGGCAGUGAAAGUGAUGAGUCCUUGUGUUUCUUUCAGGAUAAGAGCUACACCACGUUGCUGCAACAAAGAACUUGUGACUCUAGCCCUGCUUCUCCCAGAAUUCCUGAUUCAACCUUGAAUGUGCAACUGAAGGUCCAUCCUAAAUCUCAUAAUAUGGACCAAGCAUCUCAAAGAGAGCUCCGUCCAGCGACCACCGAUAACCAGAUUGGAACUUCAUCUAAUGGGAGAGCUGAACAAGCUGCUGUGGUCCCAACACGCUGCCUCUCACCCAGUGUGACGACCAGCAGACAGGAACACCGGAAGUGUGGUUCACGUGAGUCAGAGGGAGUGAACCAGGUGCUGGCUGGAAGCAGCAGAGUAACACUUUCCAGGAGUCUCUUGCAAGAAGUGAAAUUGGACGACUCCCCACAGGACAAGGAAGAAGACGAGACACUGAAGCCUGUUGAUUCCAUUCAGUACGACGAACACCUGCUUGGCAGUCUCAGGAUGCACGAGGAUGAGGACGAAGAGCUCCGAAUGCUAGCGAGCCUAAAAAGAGAGCAAGAGGAAGAUGAGUGCAGAGCCUCGGGCCUCAGUGCAUCUCAGAUCCACCAGUGUAAUGUCAGCGUCAGUAUGAGCAGUGACGAUGCCUCGACCUGGACCCACGCCUCCAUGCCAGCUAAUCAAGGUCACCACUAUCAGAAUGAAAUGAACCCCCUUCUCCACUCAAACCCCAGGGAGUGGAUGGACAUGCUCAGCCCUCCUAUUUUGCCUCCGUGCCAGCCGAGAAGGUCAGGGAACACAUGGAACAAUUGGGAGAAUCUAGUCGGAGGAGGUGAGGAGUCUGUGAACGAAGAGGAGCACGAGGACGAGUAUUUGAAUCUGCUGUAUGAUCCCUGCCUGAACUGCUACUUCGAUCCAAAGACGGGCUUUGGGUCCUUGAACGAGUCUCACGCUCAACUCUCACUGCACGUGACGUGUCCUGGAAGUGGGCGUGGACACCGCUGCGGGCGUCGCAUAUGUAAUGAGGCCGGGUUAAGGCUUCACCCUGGGAUCAUUGCGUCGGUGAUCUUCGUCUCAGUGGCGAUGGUGGCUGCCGCUGUGUUGAUCAUCCGAAAAUACUGCUUCCCAGUCAACGAGGCGACGUACCGAUACUCGCUGCUGAGGCGGAUGGAGGAGCAGAGUUCAGCGGUGACGGGCGAGGACGGCGACAGGGGGCCUCACGCAGCGGGAGAGGAGUCGGACGAGGAUCUGUUGGAGUAAAUCUCAUACCGACAGAAAGAAGAGUGUAUUGUGGAGGAAUCGUGUGGUCCGAGGCUGCAAAAAACCCUUUAUUUUUUAAUAAUUAUUUGGUCCAUUCAAUUCAGCAUUCAAUGGUUUUUAUUUGCGAACCAAAAAAGCAACAAUCAAAAAAAAACCCUCACAUUUUAGAAGGUGUAACAAGCAAAUAUUUGGAUUUUUUGCCAAAACUAUAAUCUAAAUGAUGUCAAAUAUCGAAAUAGUCGGCGAUAAAUGUUCCACCAAUAGAUUGACUAGUUGCAGCCCCAUUGUGGUUUUUGUAUCUGGAUUUACACCCAUCGUGUCAGUGUUAUCUCUUCGUGUUCAGUCAGCAAUAUCGAGUUCGAUCUGUAUUAUCACCGAGCCCGCCUGAGGAACAUUUACCAUUUGCACAUCGAGGUUUUACACAGCCCCUGAGAAGAGUGGUUCCAUUUAUCCUGUCGCUGAUGAGGAGCAUCUGUAGUCUGUGGGAAAAAAGCCCUGAUGUAGCCACGAUAUAGACUGACAUCCUGGGAAAUGCAGCAUCUAACAUUUUCAGAAGCUGAACCAUAAUAAAGUCAGAAUGUCUCUGUUACAUUCCGCCUGGAUUAUUCAGUAUUUUUUAAUCUGCCUCACCAAGUCGCCCCCAACUUUAUCUUUAAUGCAAUACUAAAUCGCUGGAGAACCCUCACUGGAGAACCCAGUUUAUAUAUAUAUUUAUUUAUAUAUAUAUAUAUAUUUAUUUAUUUAUCUCUCUCAAAGUGUCUCUUAAAGUGAACGUGACAUAUGGCAGACAAGACUUCGAAGGCUGCAUCAGGCAACAUUUUUCAAUCAACACCUACUCAAAUGAGUUGUAGCCAUAUGUGAAAGCGGAGGCUGCUGCUGCUGCUGAUUCCACUGAGAAUCAACAACAUGCUGCUCUGAUUCUGAUUCUGUUGAGAUGUUUUCACUUGUCACACACAGCGGUCUGUCAGAAACACAGACUCUACUCCGGAAAUGUAAACAAUAUUAAUCCAGAAUAUGGUUUAGGGCAGUAAAAAAACCAAAACACAGAUAGGAUACAGACAUGCACUGACAAACAUAAACAAAAGAAUAAAAAAAAGCUGUUCAGUUGCGUUGAGUAAAAGGUGCAGUUGAGUAAAUAGUCCACAUGGUAGAUUAGGCAUUGAAGGUUUUUUGUUUUUUGUUUUUUUUGGUUCACAUCCAGUACAGUGCACUGUCGGAAAACUGAAUAUCCUCCUCUAUCCCCAUUAUAUUAAAGGCUGAAGAGAUUAAAACACAUAAAACGUUUUUUUCAGGUGAUUAUGAAGCGGCGGCAGCGCGCACACAUUUGCUUGAAUAUGCUUCAUGUUAACUGACUAAAAUGUUUUAUUGUUCACUGUCAAUAAUUGACAGUUGUUGUAUCGAAAACACAGAAAACGGUCUGAAUCUGAUUUGCACAAAACACACACAUAUACAGUAUAUAUAUAUAUAUAACAUUAUCAGAGCACAAAGCACGUGGAGAUUUGAUAUUUCCGACAUAGCAACUCUGUCUCGCAGCUAACAGUCGUCACACUGAGACCGUCCACUCGUGGGCCCGUUCCCUUUGAAACCUAUUUUCCCUUUUUCAUCAACGCACUUAUAAUAAAUUUGCCUCAGAGCUCGGCGUGCACUGACUAUGUAAUGGACUCCCACACCGGGUGAAGUUGCAUGAUCAUUUUUGACAGCUACAUUUAUCACCAAGAUUUUUUUUUUUUUUUUUUGAAUCAGUAAUAAAAAAUAGAAAAAAAAAUCAGCAACUGCACUGGGAAUCGUCAUAAUGCGUCACAGCUCUGAGCUGAUUAAUCCUUCACCAUCGAAAAUCAUUUCACUGUGGUUUCUCUUUUAAUUGUUCGUGCGAUCACUUUGAAGUUUUUGAAGUGUUAUGUCAAAUUUGUGCGAAUACUGCAUCUAAAGAGAGUGUUUGUUCUAAAGUUACUGAUGAUGGUGUGAAAGAAACUGACGUCUACUGUUUAUCAUCUCACUGUCCGUGUUGGUUCACACCACAGAAAUAUGUACAAUGGGUAUUAAAUAUCUUUAUGCUGUGGA